CAUUUGCUAGCCAUGGCGGCGCCGUCGUCGUCGUCACCGUCUUCGAAACCCGUGGGGGCCGUUGCCUUCCCGGACGGUACUACGGACUUCAAGCCGAUGAGGUCCAGCAAGUCCUACGACCCUAAGAAGCCGCACAUCUCGGAGGAGCCCAUGACUUUGAAGAACUGGCACCAACACAUCAACUGGCUCAACGCCACUUUUAUCCUAUUCGUGCCGCUCUGUGGCCUCAUCUCCACCUACUGGGUUCCCCUGCAACUCAAGACUGCCAUAUGGGCCGUCAUCUACUACUUUAACACCGGCCUAGGCAUCACUGCCGGCUACCACCGCCUUUGGGCGCACAGCUGCUACAAGGCCUCCCUGCCCCUCAAGAUCUACCUCGCCGCCGUCGGCGCUGGCGCCGUUGAGGGUUCCAUCAGGUGGUGGUCAAACGGCCACCGCGCCCACCAUCGUUACACCGACACCGAGAAGGACCCCUACUCGGUCCGCAAGGGCCUGAUGUACGCACACAUAGGCUGGAUGCUGCUGAAGCAGAACCCCAAGAAGCAGGGUCGAACCGACAUCACCGACUUGAACGAGGACCCGGUGGUGGUGUGGCAGCACCGCAACUUUAUCAAGUGCGCCAUCACUAUGGCGCUCGUAUUCCCCGCCGUCGUUGCCGGCCUGGGUUGGGGGGACUGGUGGGGUGGCUUCAUCUACGCCGGCAUCCUGCGUGCCUUUUUCCUUCAGCAGGCCACCUUCUGCGUCAACUCCUUGGCCCACUGGCUCGGCGACCAGCCCUUCGACGAUCGCAAUUCGCCUCGCGACCACGUCGUCACCGCGUUAGUCACCCUCGGCGAGGGCUACCACAACUUCCACCACGAGUUUCCCUCAGACUACCGCAAUGCCAUUGAGUGGUACCAGUAUGACCCCACCAAAUGGUCCAUCUGGAUCUGGAAGAAGCUUUGGCUGGCCUCCAACCUGAAGCAGUUCCGCCAGAAUGAGAUCGAGAAGGGCCGCCUGCAGCAGCACCAGAAGAAGCUGGACCAGAAGCGCGCCACCCUCGACUGGGGCAUUCCGCUGGAACAGCUGCCGGUUGUCAACUGGAACGACUUCGUCGACCAGUCUCGCAAUGGCAAGGCCCUGAUCGCCGUUGCCGGCGUCAUCCACGACAUUACCGAUUUCGUCAAGGACCACCCCGGCGGCAAGGCCCUCAUUUCGUCGGCCAUCGGUAAGGACGCCACUGCUAUCUUCAACGGUGGAAUUUACAACCACUCCAACGCUGCCCACAACCUGCUCUCCACCAUCCGCGUCGGUGUCCUGCGCGGCGGCUGCGGGGUCGAGAUCUGGAAGCAGGCGCAGUACGAGAACAAGGAUGUCUCCACUGUGGUUGAUUCGUCGGGCCAGCGCAUUGUUCGUCCGGGCAUGCAAGUCACCAAGGUCCAGCAGCCCGUGCCCGGUGCCCAUGCCGCUUGAGCUUCGGGGAUGGAUCACUGCCUUCCCGCCGAGAGACGUAAAGGCGCCGGACAGCCGCGGAGCUUUUGCACUUUAGCGAAAACGGCAGUCCACUCUAGGCGGACAGUUGAUAGCCACAAUGGACGUGAUCGUUCGGUCGGCUUGACAUCCCCAGCGUUCUUACGGCCUGUCACUCUCACUUUAUAUCAUUUCUUGGCGUUAAGAGAUUGUGGACAUUCCUUGGACUGUAGGCGAUGAUUGCUUUUAUAUUUCUUGGAGCAUCUAUUCAUGACUGCUCUCUAUGAGCACAAAAUGGAAGAGGACGAG